GCCUCCCCCGCGCCUUUCUGCACUGAAAAGGUGUGGAAGGAACAGAGAGGCGUUCUGUUUCCAGCUGCGUUUACAAGCUGGAGCAGGCACGUGCUCCGGGCGCUGGCCAAAGCUAGACCUGCCUGCUGCCUCCACUGCUUUCACCAUCCCUACUGCAGCCCCUGACUCCUCUGCCUCUAGUGCUCCAGUUGCCACCAUCAUCAUUGCCCCAGCCGCCGCCGCCUGCUACGGCUGCUGCAGGGGCGAGGAGAGCCUGGAACGUGCUGGAGGCGCUGAGAUAAGAUGUGUGGACCAGCAGCAGCUGGGCCAGGGUUUUACGAGUGCAGGUGUCGACACACCUGGCACAGGCACGGUGAGGUCCAGUAAGUUUGAGAAAGUCACCCUGGAAGGACGUGUGUUGCCUGAAUAGGAAAUGAAUUCCAAGUCAGUCUCUGGUUAUGAAGAGUAUGAUUCUUUAUCUGAUUCCACAGAGCUGGUGCCCUGCAAGACUAUGGAGGUUCUUUAGAGAACAGAUGGAAAUGGAUAGUUAAGUCCCUGAUUUUCCACACAUUUUAUCCAGCACUUUGGUUGACUAUAUCUUUAAAACAUUUUAUUACAACAUGUCACCUCUUUUGGCUUGAAACAUUCUUAAAAUGGUCCUUUUGUUGUUCCUGGCAAUCCUGCUUUUGAAGGAAGAUGCUGGUAGGAAUGCUGGCUUCCUGGUUACUGCACAGUCCAAUGAGAGGAGAGUGGUUGCUCAUAUGCCUGGUGAUAUCAUCAUUGGGGCUUUAUUUUCAGUCCACCACCAACCCACUGUGGACAAGGUCCAUGAGAGGAAAUGUGGAGAGGUCAGGGAACAAUAUGGCAUUCAGAGAGUGGAGGCCAUGCUCCACACUUUGGAAAGGAUUAAUUCAGACCCAACACUGUUGCCUAAUAUAACAUUAGGCUGUGAAAUAAGGGACUCUUGCUGGCAUUCUGCUGUGGCCCUGGAGCAGAGCAUAGAGUUCAUAAGGGAUUCCCUCAUUUCUUCAGAAGAGGAAGAGGGCUUGGUACGCUGUGUUGAUGGCUCCUCCACCCCAUUCCGCUCAAAAAAACCCAUAGUUGGGGUGAUUGGCCCUGGCUCCAGCUCUGUGGCAAUCCAGGUCCAGAACUUGCUCCAGCUUUUUAAUAUACCUCAGAUAGCAUACUCAGCCACAAGCAUGGACUUAAGUGAUAAAACAUUGUUCAAGUAUUUCAUGAGGGUAGUGCCAUCAGAUGCCCAACAGGCUCGGGCCAUGGUGGACAUCGUGAAAAGAUACAACUGGACCUAUGUUUCUGCUGUGCACACAGAAGGAAACUAUGGAGAAAGUGGGAUGGAAGCAUUCAAAGACAUGUCAGCCAAGGAAGGAAUCUGCAUUGCUCAUUCCUACAAGAUCUAUAGCAAUGCUGGGGAACAGAGUUUUGACAAACUCCUGAAGAAACUUAUCAGCCACCUGCCCAAGGCAAGAGUGGUGGCCUGCUUUUGUGAGGGGAUGACAGUGAGAGGUUUGUUGAUGGCUAUGAGGCGCCAAGGACUGGCUGGAGAAUUUCUGCUUCUAGGAAGUGAUGGCUGGGCUGACAGAUAUGAUGUGACAGAGGGAUACCAACGUGAAGCUGUUGGUGGAAUCACAAUCAAGCUCCAGUCUCCUGAUGUAAAAUGGUUUGAUGAUUAUUACCUAAAACUCCGACCAGAAACCAACUUACGAAACCCUUGGUUCCAAGAAUUUUGGCAGCAUCGCUUCCAGUGCCGGCUGAAAGGGUUUUCACAGGAGAACAGCAAAUACAAUACCACUUGCAACAGUUCCCUGACUCUGAGUACACAGUAUGUCCAAGAUUCCAAAAUGGGGUUUGUAAUUAAUGCAAUAUAUUCCAUGGCCUACGGUCUUCACAACAUGCAGACUGCACUCUGCCCAGGAUAUGCGGGCCUUUGCGAUGCCAUGAAACCAAUUGAUGGACGAAAGCUUCUCGACUCUCUAAUGAAAACAAACUUCACUGGGGUUUCUGGAGACACUAUCCUCUUUGAUGAGAAUGGAGACUCUCCAGGAAGGUAUGAAAUCAUGAAUUUCAAGGAAAUGGGAAACAACUAUUUCGAUUACAUCAAUGUGGGCAGCUGGGACAAUGGUGAAUUGAAAAUGGAUGAUGAUGAAGUAUGGCCCAAGAAGAGUGCCAUCAUUAAGUCGGUGUGCAGUGACCCGUGUGAAAAAGGCCAGAUCAAGGUGAUCCGAAAGGGGGAAGUCAGCUGUUGUUGGACCUGUACCCCGUGCAAAGAGAAUGAGUUUGUUUUUGAUGAAUACACAUGCAAGGCAUGCCAGCUUGGCUCCUGGCCCACUGAAGAUCUUACAGGUUGUGAUCUGAUCCCAGUGCAGUAUCUGAGAUGGGGUGAUCCAGAGCCAAUUGCAGCUGUGGUGUUUUCCUGCCUGGGCCUUCUGGCAACCCUGUUUGUCACAGCAAUCUUCAUCAUGUACCGCGACACUCCUGUUGUCAAAUCCUCCAGCCGGGAACUCUGCUAUAUUAUUCUGGCCGGCAUCUGCUUGGGUUACUUGUGUACUUUCUGUCUCAUUGCAAAGCCAAAGCAGAUUUAUUGCUACCUGCAAAGAAUAGGCAUUGGCCUCUCUCCAGCCAUGAGCUAUUCUGCACUGGUCACCAAAACCAAUCGCAUAGCCAGGAUUCUGGCUGGCAGCAAGAAAAAGAUCUGUACCAAGAAGCCAAGGUUCAUGAGUGCCUGUGCCCAGCUGGUCAUUGCAUUCAUCUUAAUUUGCAUCCAGCUUGGCAUAAUUGUUGCCCUGUUCAUAAUGGAGCCUCCUGACAUAAUGCAUGACUACCCAAGUAUUCGAGAAGUCUACUUGAUCUGCAACACCACCAACCUGGGUGUCGUCACUCCCCUCGGCUAUAAUGGGUUAUUAAUUUUAAGCUGUACCUUUUAUGCAUUCAAGACCAGAAAUGUUCCAGCUAAUUUCAAUGAGGCCAAGUACAUUGCUUUCACAAUGUACACCACUUGCAUCAUAUGGCUGGCCUUUGUGCCCAUCUAUUUUGGAAGCAAUUACAAAAUCAUCACCAUGUGUUUCUCGGUCAGUCUCAGUGCCACUGUGGCUCUCGGCUGCAUGUUUGUGCCGAAGGUGUACAUCAUUCUGGCCAAGCCAGAGAGGAAUGUGAGAAGCGCCUUUACAACAUCUACAGUGGUGCGGAUGCAUGUAGGAGAUGGGAAGUCGUCCUCAGCUGCCAGCCGGUCCAGCAGCCUGGUCAACCUGUGGAAAAGGAGGGGCUCAUCUGGAGAGACCUUAAGGUACAAAGGCAGGAGACUGGCCCAGAACAAGUCGGAAAUAGAGUGUUUCACCCCCAAAGAGAGUAUGGGGAAUGGUGGGCGAGCAACCAUGAGCAGCUCUAAUGGUAAGUCCGUCACGUGGGCUCAGAAUGAGAAGAGCAGUCGUGGGCAGCACCUCUGGCAGAGAUUGUCCGUCCACAUCAACAAAAAAGAGAAUCCCAACCAAACAGCUGUCAUCAAGCCCUUCUCCAAAAGCACAGACAGUAGAUUUGGCAGUACCACGUUCCCUGAGUCUAGCACCAAGAUGCUGUAUGACGUCUCAGAAGUAGAAGAACACUACCCUGCCCAGUAUAGGCCACAGACUCCUUCUCCUGUCAGCACAGUGAGCCAGCCAGUAGGGUCCGUGAGCCGCACAGAUGAUGACAUCCCAUCCUUGCACUCGGACCAUGCACAGCGGAGCAGCUCCUCCCAGGGUUCCUUGAUGGAGCAGAUCAGCAGUGUGGUGACCCGCUUCACAGCCAACAUCAGUGAGUUGAACUCCAUGAUGUUGUCAACAGCUUCUCCUGGCACCAUGGUGGCUGCCCCUCUUUGUUCUUCCUACCUGAUCCCUAAAGAGAUGCAGCUUCCUACAACCAUGACCACUUUUGCUGAAAUACAACCACUCCCUUCCAUUGAGGUAAAUGGUGGGGCACAGUCAUCCAGUAAAACCCCUCCAGGAGGAGGUGCUGGAAAAGAGAAUCCACCUGAGACAUCAGCUGUAGUCAAGCAAGAUCUGGAGGAGUUAGUGGCUUUAACUCCUCCUUCCCCUUUUAGAGACUCAGUGGAUUCAGGGAGCAAUUCUCCUAACUCCCCAGUGUCUGAAUCGGCCCUCUGUAUCCCAUCAUCUCCAAAAUAUGACACACUUAUCAUAAGAGAUUACACUCAGAGCUCUUCUUCUUUGUGAAUGUAAUUUGAGACCACACUGGAUCCUGACAGUGAUGAUCAGGCUGAGACAGAAGCAAGCCUUCAAGAUCUCUAGUGUUUGCACAGAGGCAGAGACAGGCAUUGGUCACCUGAUUAAGAACUGAAGUGGAAGGCAGACAUUACAUCAGUAAUGGAAACAUCGGAUUUUUGUGCUAUUUUAAAAAUCUAGUGGCAGAUUUUCUUCCAGUGGCCUUAGAAAACAUGGGCUUUUAAGAAACACUGCUUCUACUUUUGAAGGCCGAUAAAGAGUCUGUUGUAACAGUUACAUAUCAAGUGCUUUGCUUUAGGGUAACAAUGAAUUCUGUGUACAUUAUGUGGAAAAAAAAGAGAAUGGAUUAUAAGCUACUGUAAAAACAACAAAAAAAGUUUUGUUUGUUUACUUUGAUUCUUAUCCCAGAAGUGAUCUUUUAUCAAGAACAGAAGAACAAAUAUGAAUGUACAUUUUCUAACAGACUCAAAAUCUGGGACCAAAAUGUCAGGCUUUCUCUCUCUCUCUCUCUCUCUCUCUCUCUCUCUCUCUCUCUCUCUCUCUCUCUCUCUCUCUCUCUCUCUUUUCCUGUGAAGAUCUUGAAAAGCGGUAACUUCAGUUGAGUAAACACAAAAUCCUCCGAAGUGUGUGUCCCAAGCAUGAUAUACAACUGGAGAAUCAAUACUCUGCAGUGGAUACUAACUAUUUGACUUAGGGCUCUACCAGACUUCUCUUCAACUUACCAAUUUGGUUCUGAAACCCUCUUCCAGAAAUCUUCAUCAGAGGUUGACCCUAGUUACACUGGAUUCACCUCCAUUAGCCAACAAAAACAGUGGAAGAUUUCCUGACUAUUCAGACUAUUCACCAUGUUGCCAAUCAAUACUGGAGUAGCAAAAAACAAACGUUUUCUGGAAUACUGUUUUGUAAUUCCCUUCUUAGGGCACAUUAUGCAGCUGGGGACCCUCUUCCUAGCAGCAAUCCUGAGCUAGAUCUAGCCUUGCUGCCUCCCCAAUGGAAUGUCACACAUUUUUAUGAAUGCUGUUUCAUUAGCAUUGCCAGCUAAAAUAAGCAUUCAGGCUUCCUCAGUCCCUGCUUGCGAGAACCUGAUACACAAUUGAAGAGUUUGUCAGCUCAAACUUUUGAAGUCAGACUACUGGGGAUGGUGGCCCAUAAGCCCUAUGAAGACAUUGCCACAAUUGUAGGAACUGUCACUGAAGGAGUUAUCAAGAUCAUAAAUACACUGGAAAUAAACAACUAUCUUAAGGCCGGCUUAGUGGAGGGUUUAUGACUCCAACAAGCAAUGAUUUUAACUUCUCUUGGCUGCUCAUACAUUGCAGCUAUGAACUGUGACAAAAGUAGAUUUUCAAAGCAAUACAGAGUAAAUGUUAAAAACAGAAACUGUAGAGAAUAUGAACCAACAUGGUCUUUCUUAGUUUCUUAGCCACUUGUGGAAGACAGAAGGGAAUUACUCAUAUCUUUCUUUUUGAAAUAAUCGUUAGAAUGGGUUAGUGCACGUCUUACUGUCACUGCACUUUUAAAUACAUGCAGGGAAAAGAGUGAAAGGUUGACUAGAAACAAAUGAGUUUUGAUGGGCAUCAACCUUACUCAAGCCCCGAAUAUAACAUCCUUCCUCUUUCCUUUUUCUGUACAGCUAUCCUCAGGUGCCAAACAUUGUAAUUUAUAUCAAGAUAGCAUUAUCAGAAGGGGGUAUGACUGCAAUUUAAAGGUGAGCUGACCCAGCCUUAUACUGAAGAUAGAUGGAUUGAUAGAUAAAUGGAUAAAUGGAGAGCCAAAGAGGAAGAAUAUAUAUAAUUAAAAUAAUGUUUAGGUGGAGAAAAAAAUCUUAAAAAAUCUUUUCCCUUUGAAAAAUAGUAUUUCAUAUUUGAACUGUUACUCCAAUAUUCCAAAACAUCUGUGAUUUCAUCAAUAUGGGUAUUUCUUCCAACAUUAAAGAUCACAACAUAUUCAAUCCUAGACAUUCUGGAUGACUCUCAUAUAUGUCACUCCUACCCACACACAGAAUAAAAUUUCCACAAAGGGUUUUAAUAUAUUCUAAAUGAAUAAUACUCCAUAAAAUUGCUUAGAAACUAAAACUACAUGCAUUACAGUGUGUGCUUUACUUUUGUAAAGAGAUAUGAGUGAUAUCCUAGCACUUCUCCCUUCUCAAGCUUUAUAUUCGUUUUUAAACAAAACUCUCAAAUGCCAUGUGAUGAGUUGAAGAUGGUGCUACCAGAUUGGCCUGAUCUCAAGUGGGUAGUCCAGGUCUCUUUGCAAGAACAGUCAGAUUUAGACUUCAAGGAGUGCAUGUGAAACAAAGAUAAACAUGCUUAGAAAGCCAGCCUCCAGAAUCCUUAUCCAAAAGGAUACAUAUUCAUGUAUGGAUAGUUAUCUCUACAUCUUUACAUAGUAAUUUAGGCUUCUCCUGAAUCACAUUUACUUGUCUAUGUUUUUUUGUUUGUUUUUAUACUUCUUUCACUCAAUUAUUCUUAUUUCUCUUUAGUCCCAAAUAAAUUGUCCAAUAGAUUCAUCAAAUUUGAACAAUGCAAAAAUACUUCUUUUCCCCAAUACCAAAUUUGUUUUCAUAAUUCCUAGCUAAUAUAUAUUCCUAAAACAGUGCUCAAUGAAAUGUGAAAUAUGACAAAAUGUGUGUAUAUAUGUAUAUGAAUCAUUUAAUGCAGAUAAACCCCCAUCUAACUAAGAAUUCCAUAAUAAAUAAGAUUUCCAGCUGACCAAACAUCUUUCACAGGUAUUUGCUAGCUUAUUUCCUAAAAUGGUGUUGAUACAGUGAGGAACUUAAGAAAAUAAGUAUGCAUAUAUGUAAUUUAAUGCAAAUAAGAUCCCAUCUAAGAAUGACAAUAAAUCACAUUGAAAUGUCACACUUCUAUUCUAGCUCUUUGUUAGAUUGUUUCCUAAAACAGUGCUCAGUGCAAUGAGGAACACAAGAAAAAAAAUACAUGCAUAUAAAUCAUUUAAUGCAAAUAAUUCUGAUAUAAAAAUUCUAUAAUAAAUCCCAUUUCCAAUUAACUAUAAAGUUGAAAAUAUAUUUUUUCAGUGAGAACAAAGAAGGAUGGUAUGCUCUCUCAAUCUGGAUGAUUAUUUUAACAGUUUAUGUGUCUAAUAGGAUAAAUAUGAUUCUCCACAUAAUAAAUUAGUAAAAUAUUCCUUAUAUGAUACAGACCUUUCAAGGUUAGAUGCUGGGUUCCAGGUAAUAAUUGUAAAACAAAACAGUGAAUUCAAAAUCUUUACUAAAAUUGGGAUAUAAGUUGCACUUGUAGAUGGGUGUAUACUGGUUAGUUGACUUUUUUAGAAUCACUUGAGUUUCCCAGAUAAGAAGACUGUCCUGAGUGUGUAAUAGUGUUCUGGUUGAGACCAACAGUACUAUAAGGAAGGGGAUAUUGUGAAGAGUUUAAGGAUCAUAUUGUCAUUGUUAGCUAAGAAAAGUCAUUCAAAAGAAGAGCUUGGUCCCAUAAUGAAGAAAUGUGAUGAAAUGGUUAGUCAGAAGGAGGAGUUAUAUUCCAGGAAAGGAGCUCAUUGUGAGUUCAACAUGUAAAAUGUGACCAAUUUCAUAUAAGGAUGGAUAAGAAAAGCCCGGUAAGAUUUCAUUGAAAUGGGGUGAGUAGGUGGUGCAGUGGAUAGAGCACCAGCCUUGGAUUCAAGAGGACCUGAGUUCAAAUCUGCAUCAGACAUUAACUAGCUGUGUGACUCUGGGCAAGCCACUUAACCCAAUUGCCUCCAAAAGAAUUUUUUUUUUUAAUUUCCCAGAAACAAGGACAACAAGCAAAACGUGUUAGAGUCCUUGAUCAUCCUACUUUUCCCCAAGCUACUCCUCUUACUAAGUUUUGCUCAUUUUGAGAAAAAUAGAAAGGUAAUUUAUGUCCACAUAUGAGUCAGAUAAUGGUUGUGUGGCAGUUUUACAACUUCAAAACUAGGAAUGAAAACACACUUUUCCAGAACAAAAGAAAUCUUCUGUGCUAGUCUCCCAACAAAGCCUACAUACACUGGAGGCUUAAAUGGUGUCAUCAGAGUUCACUAUGAGCAGCAAAUUCUUAAUAACACUCAAGCUGUCAAAAUCUCUGUGGUUGCCAUUUAUAAUUUUAUACUGUGAAAAAAAAAAUCCAGAUCAGUGAAAGCAUUAAGAUGAAUCAGUAUUUGCUUUGGUGAUGAAAUGGUGCCUGGGAGUGAUUUCUCCUUUCUGGGGGAGAAGGAGACAGCAGGCACAAGGCCAAGUGACUGCAUUUCACUGAUCUGGCAAAUGUGAACAAAUAUACUAUGUAUAUUCUAUGUACUUCUUGGAUUUCAUGGCAGCUGCUAGUGUGUUUGUAAUUAGAAAUCUAUAGAGAAUAUAGAUGUUUUAGACAGAUGGUGCCAAUUCUCAAAGAUCUGUGUGGGCUAUAAGUGCUUGUAAUUAAUAUUAUUAUUUUGGGGCUAAUAACUUAUAAUGGAUUUGGUUUUAAACAUUGUGAGGCCGUAUGUUCUUUUUAUGUUGUUGCUGCUUAUAUACUAUUAAGACAAUAGCGAAUGUAUAGUUCUUUUGAUGUGAAUUGCAAAUGAGUUUUUUUCAUAAAAUUUAACAUUUUUAUCAGCUCUGUUUUGCUUUGUACUUGUAUAAAUGUACUUUAUUUUAGCAUUUUAAGGAUACAUUUGCUUGUUUCUCAGUUGUCUACAUCAUGUUAUAAUUGGUGUUUGUGUAGAGUCGGGUACUUUUUCAACAGUAUUAAAAAAAAAAAAACCUG